AUGAAAUUGUACUGAAUCUUUUGUGCUGGGUCGAUUGAGCUAUAGAUGGAUCAAAGUAUAGUUCGUGAAUAGCACAUAUCAUGACAGGUGAACCUGUACAUCGACGAUACUAUAGUGUAAUAAAUAUAGCAGAGAGAAAACUAUUCCAUUCAAGAAAUUCUAACCUACAAACUGUUAGGCAGUGAUGUUUUUGUUAUCGACAAAACAUGUGAUAAUGUAUUUGAUUGUUGAAUAAUCAUUUUUUUUAUCUUAAACAGUGAUAAAAUAUACUAAAAAUACUUGUUAUUAAUUUUUAAAGUGAACAGGAGGAACAAUUUCUCAGUUUCUUGAAAAUGACUACUCUUCCAACACUGGGAAAAACAUGGAGCGAGCACAAUCGUAUGAUGAAAGAGCAGAAAAAGAAGAGAAAAGAAGAACAGUUAAUGAAACAGCUUGAAAAAGAAACUAAAAAAUGUCAAGAAUCUGAAAUAAUAAAUCCAGCUUCAGAGUAUGAUAAAAUGAAUAUAUCAACGUUAAGUAUUGCUGUGCCAGGAUCAAUUUUAGAUAAUGCCCAGUCCCCAGAGCUACGAACUUACUUAGCAGGUCAAAUAGCACGUGCUGCAUGUAUAUAUAAAAUUGAUGAGAUAAUAGUGUUUGAUGAUCAGGGAGAUAUUACAGAACCAGAAAAGAAAAAAAUGAAAAAAGAUGAACAGUUGGGAGAAGCAAGACUUGGAUGUCUUCAAUUAGGUCGAAUCUUGCAGUAUCUUGAGUGCCCACAAUAUUUACGUAAAUAUUUUUUUCCUUUACACAAAGAUUUACAAUAUGCCGGAGUUUUAAAUCCUCUUGACGCUCCUCAUCAUCUAAGACAACAAGAUGCAUCUUUAUUCAGAGAAGGAGUUGUUACUAAUAAACCAAUUAAACCAGGAAAAGGAUCUCAAGUGAAUGUAGGGCUUUUACAAGAUGUUGAAGUUGAUAAAACUCUUACUUCUGGAUUAAGAGUAACUGUGAGAAUUCCUCCUGAUCAAAAUACAAAAAAAUUAAAAGGAACGAUUGUUUCACCAGAUACUCCAAAAAAAGAAGUUGGACUUUAUUGGGGAUAUAAUGUUCGACUAGCUUCUAACAUUUCUGAAGUGUUCUCUAAGUGUCCUUAUGACAAAGGGUAUGAUCUAACAAUUGGAACUUCUGACAAAGGAAAAUCUGUCGAUGAUUUAGAAGUAAAAAGUCUUCAGUAUCACCACGGAUUAAUUGUUUUUGGAGGAGUAGCUGGAUUAGAAGCUGCUGUCGAAGCUGAUCCUCUUCUAGAUGUGGAAGACACUCCAUUAGUGUUUAAUGAAUAUUUAAAUACAUGUCCUAAUCAAGGAUCUAGAACAAUAAGAUCUGAAGAAGCUAUUCUAGUAUCCCUUGCUGAAUUGCGAACCAAGUUAUCUCCUAUUUAUCCAUCGAAGUUUAAUUUACAGUUUCCAAACCUAAAUAAUAGUUGUGAAAAAAAUUGAAGCUUCUAUGGAAGAAACAACCAAGAGAUUACGAAUUAAUAAACUUAUAUAAUAUGUAAAAAUAAA